AUGUCCUCCCAUUACACCACGGAACCACCUCCUACGGCGUCGGUCCUGCUUCAUACAACAGCCGGCCCUCUCACCAUCUCUCUGUUCGCCGCCCAGACGCCUUUAACAUGCAGGAACUUUCUGCAGCAUGUCCUCGACGAAGAUUACAACAACAAUUUGUUUCAUCGCGUCUCCCCAGGCUUCGUUAUCCAAACAGGCGACCCAUCAGGAACGGGCGAAGGUGGACAAAACAUAUAUGAGGACCGCGAAUUUGAACGAUACGAUGAGGACUGGGCGAGACUGCUGGGUCGGGAGAAAGACGAAAAGAUCGUGUUCGCAGAUGAGAUUCACAGUCGAUUGAAGUUCAACCGCAGAGGCUUGGUGGGUAUGGCGAAGGGGACCGGCCCUGGGGCGGGAUAUGGCACACAGUUCUUCAUUACUUUGGGAGAUUGCAGAGCUCAACUCGACGGAAAGUGCACGAUGUUCGGUCGUGUCGAGGGAGAUGGAAUCUACAACGUGGUCAAGAUUGCAGAAGGCGAGCUCUUGGAGGGCAGCGAGAGGCCGAUGUAUCCCGAGAAGAUUCUCAAGGCCGAAGUUCUUGAAAUGCCCAAGGGCGACGCAUGGCAGAAAAUGCGGAAGAGGCAAAAAGUCGCUGAUCGCUUUGUCGAGGCUCCUGCAAAAAAGAAAGCGCCUAAGAAGAAGGGUGGAAAGACUCUUCUGAGCUUCGGGGGAGAGGAGGGCGAUGAGGAUGCGGGCCAAGUUGCCGUACGGCCCAAGAAGGCCAAGUUCAAUCCUGCCCUGAUCGAUGCAGAAGAUAUCCCAAAGUCGAAGCCGAAAACGAACGGUAUAGCCGAUAGACCUCGAAAUGCGGAAACACGGCCAUCACCCUCAUCGAUAAUCCCUGCAAAGCGGAAACCAAGCCCGACGUCACAGCGAAAGUCACCUUCUCCAACACAUCAUCGCAAACCCUCCUUUCACGAUUCAACAACGCAGCUCCCUCUUAAAGACCCCGAAUCGCCCUCCCGCUCACCCACUCCUGAUGAUCAGCCCUCAGUUCCUGCAUCCAAAACAUCCGCCUUGCAAGCGGAAAUCGCCGCCCUGAAAGCUUCUAUGCGUCGCAACAUUGAUACCACCGAUUCUUCGAAGCCCAAGAAAUCAGCAUUAGAGGCGAUGAUCCCAGCAACAAGUACGCGAGGCCGGAAACGUCCUCGCCCAGGCGAAAGCAACGCUAAAGACGAGGCUACCGCAUUGAAAAUGCUCAAUGCAUUCAGAGCACGCCUUGAAUCCGCCGAUGCACCCCCAAAACCCAAGUCAUCAACCAAUGGUUUUAGAGACCGAGACAUCUCUCACAGCACCUCCAAAAUAGGAAUGUCAAAGGACGCUGAAGCCAAUGACGAUGAAGAAGCCACCCUCUGUGAUCUACACUUCAUAGCCAACUGCCAGUCCUGCUCGAAAUGGGACGAUCCAACCAAUGGGGAAGCAGAAGAAUCUCCCGAUGAGGAUGGAAAGAAAUGGCUGAGCCACUCACUCUCGUUCGCCAAGGACCGUCUGGGGAAAGACCUAACGUGGAAAAGGAAGAAUGAAGAGGAAUUGGUAGUUAUCGAUCCGCGGGAGAAAGAACGGGAAUUGAAAGCUGAGAAGCGAAAAGACAGGGAGAAAGGCAAAGGAAAAGACAGAAGGUGA